GUAAUCUUCAGCAGCAUAGUCAAAGGUAGGGUUUCCCUUCACUGAUCGCGUUACAAAUAUCCAUGUAGCGAAGAUUUGGGGGUCAUUUUGAUUGUGAAAGACCUAAGAAAUUUAGGAAGCCGUCGAGAUGUUACUCACACUUGCAUUUGGCUACUGCCUUCUAAGUACAACGUUUGCUGCCCCUCCUGAACAGCAGGUAAUGUUGGAGGACAUGGAGCGUCAGAAUGUCGGCGAAGAUCACAGAGAAAGAUACGAAUAUACUUACCAACAGCAAAUUCGGCCUAAGUUGCCUCAACGGGUUGAGAAACCUCAAAACAUGCGAAUGGAGUACGGGUUUCGACCAAUGAAGACUGCCGUGGCACACGUCCCAAAUAAUCAGUACUAUGAGCAACAAUCUCAAUCGCUACUUACCUAUCAACCAUCAGGACUAGCGCAAUCGCCACCGGCGUAUUUCAUAUACCAGCCCGUCCAGCAAAGGGAGCAGCAAGCAAAUGUGCAACCUAUUACCGAUAACUACCUAACUCAAUACGUUUACCUUCAACAGCCCAGCAACAACAUUGACACCGCCUACGAUCCCAGAACUAAUUUGCAAUACUUCAUGUAUAUCCAACCGGAGUAUCUACAAAGUGGAGCAAGUACUCUACAGCCACAAUUAUCCUCGUCCUAUUUGUACCAAGGAGACAAAUUGCAAUAUCAGUUAGUUUCACCGUCCGCUGUCCAACCACAAGUUACCUACAUUCCGAAGACCUUACCAACACCUCAAAAAUUCAGCUCAAGCUCGCUGGUGCACGGACCAAAGUCUCUGCUUGAUUCCUACGUCCCUUCUCACUUGCAAGUAAAAUACAUCAAUCAAUUACAAAGAGUUCCCAAACGUAAGUUUCAAUCACACGGUUUGAGCAAAAACCUUCGACCUGAACAGAACAUGUAAGCCACCCCUUAUUUAAAUAUUGUUAUUUGUAUGUAUUAUUAAAUAAAUGUGUAAGUGUUUUGUUACACUGUCUCUUGUAUUUAUCUGUUGCACGUUAUCCUUCGCGUUUUAUAAUCAAUGGUUACACUAACGCAUUUAGUAAUAGCACAAUAGUUAAAAAGGGGAAGCAUGGAUGAAUCUUGAGAAAUAUUUAUUGGUUUAUUUAAAAAGUGUUUACAUAAAAUAUAGCAAUGGCGGUCCAGCUGGGUUUCAAGAUUUGGUCUGACACCACCUGUACAGAUGCGAUAAAUGACGAAAACAACACACUUUUCACAGAAUUAUUACAACCGCGUACACACAGUUUCUCCUUCCUUUUCCUAAAUCACCCACACUUGUAACUUAAUGCGUGCACACUGACUCUGCUCUGUAGAGCAAUCGGAAAACCAACACUUCUCCUUUAAUUUUAACUGACAAACAAAUUUCAAAACAUCGGCUGACCGUCGGAAAAAUUGUAUUUGAAAAUUUGCACGCAAAUUCAAAUGACGCGUGAUCCGCCUUCCCCAGCGGCGCGCAAAGCUUUUUAAGUCCGCACCACCUCCAUCGCGUUUUUUAUCUUCGGUAAAGGCCGACGAAAUGCGAGCACUUGUUUACAGUGCAUUUCCUUUCUAAACUUACCCUUGUGCCGCUUACCUCAUUCUUUUAAAUUUUACUUUGAUAAAGUCUGCUUAUCAAGCAUCUGUUAACUACGUAAACACAAUACAUUCUUUACUCACAAGUUGCUUAACUUCUACGUCUUAAAUUACAAAAAAGAACAAUUACAACAUAUUAAAUUAUUGAAUAAUUUUUACAAUAUAAGUAGAACUACAACUAAAAUUAAAUAAAUUCCACCCAGCAACCCAGGAAGGCAUGCUGUUAUUAUUUAGUCCUGUGGUGUGUAUCACAAACGUCAAACUUAACCUGCAAGUUACCGUUGCCAAAAAAAAACUUUAUUUUCCUUUAUUUAGAAUAGGCAAAAUAACAUUUUCUACAGAUACAGGGCUGAUUGUCGGCAUGCCCCACCAAAAUCUCUUAAUAUUUAAAAUUAUGAUCGACCAAAAUGGCAUCCGAGUUAAAAUUGUGAUUGAAAAUAAUACGGUGGAAACUAAGGUCACCUAUACUUUAUGGCCGGCUAUCGACAUAAAGAGGCAAUUUUUUGUAAUGCUGUAUACGAUCCCACAGGUUUUCAUCAUCCGAUGCCGGAAAAGAGUUUUGGAAAGGACACUCAGGGUCCAGGGAGAGGGGUGUAGUAUGUAAAAUUCGUUUGCCAAUACAGUAUUAAGUUCCUUUUGGUAAAAUGAUUUACAGAAGUAGUGGUCUUACGUAGACCGAUUAAGAAGGGUGAGUAAUCGAUUUACUUCGACAAAUGUAUUGAAUAAGUAUAAGAAACCAGUUCGAAACGAAACGCGUAAUUUUAAAUUUAUUAGUAGAUGCUACAGUUUAGUUGACCGCGUCUCCGGGCAGUGUGUAUUGCGCCUUUAUGCGUUAUUAAUUCAAUGCUGUUAAUUGUGGUUAACGAGUGUGCAUUGUACACGAUUCAGCGAUUCAACCAAAAAAGAAGGUACGUGGAAGAGAUUUUUCUUUUUGGAAAUUUUGGGACAACGUAGUCUUGACCAGCACUGACGCAGAUGUCAAUUCUAGAAGCUUAGAAAGCGAUUAUGUGUUACCUAUACGUACUUAAGUAAAAACUGCAUUUCAUGAUUAUUGGAAACAAAUUCACUCGCAGCAUCAGAAAAAUUCCUCGCUUUGGAUUCAAAAUGUGUCGGCUAUUUUUGUGAAAAAUUGUUCAUUAAUAAUAAUAUAUGCAGCUAAUAAGUAUAGGUACCUAUUUAAUUUUCUUCAAUUCACUAGUUUUCUGAUUCCCUAGGAAAAUAUGGGACCUCCAAGAAAUUACAAAUUAAUUACGCACCAAUUAUUUAGGGCUCGGCAGACUACUUCUUCAAAUCGUUCUUCUACCCGUCUAUCCAUCUGGAACUCUGGAACGACAGCACCUAGAGCACAGGUAAGAACUUGUCAAUAGGUGAAAAAGUCUUAAGCGCCAUUAUAUCGGUUUAUUUAUAAUAAAUUGUCAAUAUCAUACAUGCAUUUAUGUCCACUAAUAGGUAUCUAGUAAUUUAGUUCUUCUAAAAAAACUGCCAACUUCCCCUAAUUCUUCAAACGAACUAUGCUCCCUGCAAAAAUUAUGAACACACAUCUUCAGUAGGGCUUGUUUUUUUUUAAUUUUUCAUCGAUGGAUCUGUCACACUCGCAGUAUUUCUCAAGGUACCGAUUACUGAAUUAGUAAAACGUUUGGACACGUUAGCAUCCCUGGAAAAACGUUCUUGAUCUUAACUCCAUAAUAUAGCCGAACAAGAACGCUUUCUUGACUUAUCUUGCUUGAACUCGUUCUUGGUUCAUGUUGACUGAAAAUAAUGCGGCGGAAACUAAGCGUAAACCUUAUGAUGGCCAGCUAUCGAAGGUGCUAUUUUUUGAAAUGCUGCACGAUCCCACAGGUUCUUCAAAUCAUCCGAUACCGGAAAAGCGUUUUGGAAAGGAUACUCAUCAGGGAUAAGGGUCUACUAUAGUCGUCUAGUAUGUAAUAUACCAAAGGACUAAAGUGUGUGUUUUAAUCCCGAGGGUGCAGAUUGUUGCUCGAAACGAAAUUAAUAUUAAUUUUAAGUUUCUUUCGGCAAAAUGGUUUGUAAUUCAGGGCAGUUUAAUGUGGCCUUACGUUGACCGAUUAAAAAA